AUGGGAGUCAACAUACUAGAGUUCUGUACCCCUCCUAUUCCAGGACAGCCUCAUAAAUACUAUGGCAAUGCUCACAACAACUUUAUCAAGCUACCUGUAGCACUACCUCAUACCACCAUACAGAAAACUGUAUCUACAAACAACUCGCUGCAUUCCAUUGCAACCAGUGGCAAUCUGACACUACUCAAGAGCAUCUUGCCAUUCUUACCAACACCUCAAAAAGCUGUCAAUGAGCCACACCCUGCUACUGGUUUGACACCUCUGCACUUUGCUGCUUCCAGAGGCCAUUUCAAUAUCGUCAAAUAUCUGGUGGAUGACUACUCGGCUGUCGUCGAUGCAAAAGACAGAGAAGGCGAGACGGCUCUCCUGAAAGCAGCUUAUAAUGGACAUUAUCAUAUUGUCAAGUACUUGGUCUCUAAGAAUGCCAACAUUCAUUCAAAAGACAAAGACGGAUGGACAGCACUACACAAUGCCUGCGCUAGAGGAUUCCUACCCAUCACGCGCUUGCUGAUUGAAAAGGGAGCUCGAGUGGAUGUCAAGAGCAAAAUGGGACAUACGCCUCUCAUUAAUGCUGCGUCCAAGGGCUAUAUUUCAAUUGUCGAAUACCUAUUGGUUGAAUCACAUGCGAACCCCUUGAUCAAGAAUAACUUUGGCGAAGCAGCCUAUGAUGUAAGUGCAGCUGCUGGUGAGUCUUAUAUAUGUGAGAUGCUUCAUCGAGCGGGUAAAUCAUGGUGGCAAAUGCAGCACAGUUCAGAGGGGAAUGGAUCAGCUUCACGAUACAAUAUAUUGGAUUUCCAUGUUACUGUUAUGGUAGUCAUCCAUGAAAACGAGAGAUCGUCAUCUUAUUUGGGAUUAUCAAAGCCUCAGUUUAGCACUGCGUCCCUAACAAAGCAUGAUGUGCGUGGUCCUUGGUCUCUCUCUCCUUCAGGUAGACCCAGUACAAAAGAAGAAGUCCAACUGCCGCCAAAUAGCACUGGCAAUGGAUCAGACUGGUUCUGGCUGACAGACUGGCAGAUUGACUACAGCGACCCCCGCAUUGAUCCAACAUCUGGCUGGCAAUAUGCUCGCUUUUUUGAUGAUCCAGAUGAUGUGUGGACACCUGUUACACCUACCAGUGGCUAUGGUUGGGUAAGACGCCGUAUCUGGGUGCGAGUGAUGAAGCGAAGAAUGGAUUUGCUCAAGGGAAGCCAUAUUGGGUCACCUGCGAUAAAUGAGGAAGAGGAUUACCUAUGCAAGGCAGAGGACAUUGUUCAGAAUUCCAAGCUGGACCCUGCAGUUGCUGUAAAUGAGGAACCUUCUAUUCAACAGCUCACCAUUGAGCUACGCGCGUAUGAGGAAGCGGUUCAAUUACUUCGUGCAGGCAUUAAAAAUGAUGGCAAUCAGUUUAGAAUUCAUCAAGCCAACACACUGAUCACAGCCUACGCUUCUCAGAUUGAUGCACUGAAUUUACAGAUAACGCAGCUCGCACAUACAGUGUCAACGCCCAUCACACCUCUUCCAGUGCAGCACAAUGCAGAAUUGGCUAGAGAACUAGGCUUCAAUGAUAGAGAGGCACCUGAGAAUAGCGAUUUCGAUACAAACCCUUGGACGUGUGAUGCCAACAGUACCUCCAAUGCCGAGUGGCAGGCAUCCAACAGCGUACUCGAAAGCACAAGCUUUAACCAUGUCAAUCUCGUUGGCCAUGGCAUGGACAAUCAGCAGCAUGAACAAGACGACCAGGGCGACAUUGAAGAGCACAUAAGAGGGCCCAAGCAGUAUGUCUGGGAAUCUGAUUUAGAAGCAAAAGAGUGCAGAGGAUGUAGAAGAAGAUUUGGCCUGCUUGUCAGAAGACAUCAUUGCCGCUGCUGUGGCUUGAUCCACUGUGAUCGCUGCUCCAUGUCGAGAGCUCGUUUAAGCUCGACUCAAAUCUUACAAGAUCCCAACGGACCUUUGGAAUCAUUGGAUGUACUGGCUUCUCAGCACCAAAGAGUCUGUGAUACAUGCUAUGCAAAACUGGGUGGCAUUCCACCUUGA